GUCUAGUCUCUCUGUUGGGGUGCACACGGAUUGACCACUCCUUUGGGCUUUUUUUCCGUGGAUAUCUGGGGGGAAAAGCUAAUCCACAAGCAUGACUGACGCGCAACAAGAGGCCCGCUCCUACCUGAGCGAGGAGAUGCUUGCUGAGUUCAAGGCUGCCUUCGACAUGUUCGACACUGACGGUGGCGGUGAUAUCAGCACCAAGGAGUUGGGUACCGUGAUGAGGAUGCUGGGGCAAAACCCGACAAGAGAGGAGUUGGAUGAGAUCAUUGAGGAGGUCGAUGAGGACGGUAGCGGUACCAUCGACUUCGAGGAGUUCUUGGUCAUGAUGGUGAGGCUGCUAAAGGAGGACCAGGCUGGCAAGAGCGAGGAAGAGUUGGCAGAGUGCUUCCGUGUGUUCGACAAGAACGCCGACGGCUACAUCGACAGAGAAGAGUUCGCCCUCAUCAUCCGCAGCACCGGCGAGUCCAUCACAGAGGAUGAGAUUGAUGAGCUGCUGAAGGAUGGAGACAAGAACGCCGAUGGCAUGCUGGACUUUGACGAAUUCCUCAAGAUGAUGGAGAACGUGCAGUAAAACCAGAAAAGACUCAUGGACAUUCCUCCUCCCCCUUUGUCCCCCUGCUGAACAUAUCUGAUCCUCCAUCGACCUACCCAAACCAUCCUCCCCCCCUUCCCCCCCUCCUGUCCACCCGGUUCACUGCCUCUCUUCUCCAUCCUACUAGACAGCCUCAACAGACAGCUAGGGCACCCAGUGGGGGUCGAAAGCUGGGCCACACCUUUCCCCAGCUCGCUUGUGAAUGUAGACAGCCCAUUGAUGCUGUGCUCAAACCACUCUACCACAGGACGGCAAGGCUGGAGUGUGAAGUUCACCACACACUCACACCUUUGUGGUAUAACCGGCAUAGCAGGCGCUUGAUUUCAGUGACCCCCUCCUAUAUACUCUGCUGGGAAAAGUUUUAUCUAGAUGUAGUCUAGAUAGAUCUGCAGCCUGUUACCUGCUGCGUAGACCAAGUAAUUCAACCACAUCACUGUACAAAAAGUUAAUUUGCUUGAACAGAAGAUAAUAAAUGAUUUAACACAUGCUCUCUUGUAGUUGGUGUGACAUUUACGACCUGUAAGAUUUUGUUUUGAGGAAUAUUAAUAAAAUCUGUUUGUUUCUAUUUUUUCUAUUUUGUUUGAUCCACAGC